CUUCCUCUGCCACCGUGUCUCUCUGUGACACUUACAUAUCUAGAACACUGCGUCGGCUCCGGGUCCGGUCUGAGGCGCUUGCGUUGGCCGAUGCCACCCCCGCGGUUACCUGAUUGAUCCUACUUGCAACAUCGUCUUUGCGCCCAUGUUUCCUCACCGGGCUUUAUUGGUAAGCGUAUGAUUGCCGUCUUCGGGCAAGAAGCCUCUUCAUUAUUGUACAGUCAUUCAAGCAAUGUCCUCCUCAUCCGGCUUUCAAGCUAUGCCCGGCUGGUACUGGCCGGACGACGUACCUAAGGACGAGCCCUCAUCUGGUGCAACCUCGUCGACACCAGAACCUGAACCUACAGGUACCUCGGCUCCACAAGGGUCCUCACAGAGAAGCCAGGGCACACGCCCAAGGCGUACCCACUGGCCACCUCGGCAGUGCAGAAUCUGCCUAGAAGUUGUUCAGCCUACCUUUAAUGUCCCUUCCGAGAAUCUCCCAGGUUUCCUGCAGUCAUCUCACCCCAGUGUGGUUUACGAAGAUGAAGGCGGCCAUUUGAUUAGACCCUGUCUAUGCAAAGGCUCUUCGAAGUAUGUUCACGAUCAGUGUCUGCAAGCCUGGCGCCAUGCCGAUCCCAGUUACGGACGCAGGAAUUACUGGCAGUGUCCAACCUGUGGCUUCAAGUAUCGCCUUGCGCGACUUGGAGCAGGUCGUUUCGUUGGUAGCAUUACUGCCCAAAUUAUGCUCACCGUUCUGAUCAUGACGUCGAUGGUGUUCAUCCUCGGAUUUUUCGCUGAUCCCAUUCUGAACCUGUACUUCGACCCGUGGAGCACGCUUAUGCCUUGGACGAGUUACAGCCGAAGCAACUACUUUUACGAACCAGAAGACAAAUUAGACUCCUGGACUGAGCACUUUGCCAAAGGUUUCGCAGGAAUGGGAGUUCUCGGCUUCCUGAAAGUCAUUGUCACCAGCCCGCUCUCUUACUUUCGGAUCGGUGGUGGUCGAGGACGAGCGACCGGCCGCGAUCGAUACGAGCAAGUCAGCUGGAUAAUCAUUUUGAUUGGCGUAGGAACGUUCCUAGCAGCUAUCUACAAGGGUGUCCGUGUUUGGAGCCGCCGCACGCUCGAAAGAGCUGGCGAGCGUGUGAUGGACGUUCAAGGCGACGAUGAUGGCGAUGACGAGUAGUGUGUGUUACCGAAUACACGAUGAUUCCGCUCAGCUCCACUUCAGAGUCAAUGAUCCUUGUGAUCCGCACCUUCUUAAAGUGCCACGGGGUAUCUGCCCAGUACCGUGUCAUUUAGUCUACGUGCGAAGAUUAGACAGCCCGCGACCUCCAUAUCGACCAGCGCGUCUUGUGCGGUCGGCCCUUGGAACGUGGCGCUACUACCUUUGGCAACUUCUUUAGUUCAGGUUUGCUCAUUAUGCGCUGAAGCUCUUGUAGCGACUCGCGAGCAAUCGUUGUUCUUCGAACAUUCGAUGUGGC